AUGGCAAGGGAACUAAAUACGCUUGGAUGGGACUACCUAAUGUUUGCGCUAUUCAUUGCUCUAACAGUAUUAACACCACUGUGGAAGCGCCUUUUCGGUAGAAAAAAACAACGCAGCAAAGCGGAUUACGUAUUCGCCACGGGUUCCGUUUCUAUAUUUGCCAUUAUGAUAUCAAUUGCCAGAGGCGCACUGGGUGUGCGUACCAUAUUGGGAUACCCUAGUGAGCUUUUUUAUUAUGGCUCUGGCAUGUGGGAAAUUAUUUAUGGAACAAUGAGUGCUUAUCCCAUAGUUUGUUUCGUAUUUGUACCAGUAUAUUUUAGUUUGGGAAUAACUUCUGUAUAUCAGUAUAUCGAUUUAAGAGAAACUAGUCCUAACCGUAAAUCACAUGCAAAAGAUAACACAGCCUCAAGUUCAGCAAACCAAUCUAGUUAUAAUAAUGGGUCCACAUCGGGUGGUAACUAUAACUAUAACUCCGCUAAUUCUGCAUACUAUGGUCAACAGGGUAACAGCACUUACCCAUCUCAAUCUUAUGAUAAUUAUUAUAAUCAUUGGCAAUAUAGUUCCAAUUAUAGCGGUUAUGGACAGUGGAGUGGCUAUGGAAAUUACUAUUAA